AUGGCCCUGAAGGCAAGAGAGUCCCAAGAAACCUGGUUACUAUUCAAGGAUCGCCUCCUCCAAGCUCAACAGCAGACCAUCCCCAAUGAGCAGAAAGUCAGGCAAGCAUGCCUGGAGGCCACUGUGGAUGAACAAGGAGCUCCUGGCAAAACCAAAACACAAGAAGGAAGCAUACAGGAGGUGGAAAGGCUACCUCUGGGCCUGGGGCAGGUCAGGGCCACCACAAAAGCCAGCCCAACUCCUUGCUUUCUCAUCCACUUCUCUUGCCUCCUUCUCCUCGGGAAGCAGGUCUCCUUUGGACAUAUUCCCUACUCCGUCUCUUCCAGAAAGCCUGAACUUUCUUUGUCACCUCAGAAGGCCUCACUGCCAACAGCCGCCAACAUGCGCAGGAGUAGCAGGGAAAAGUCGCCCAUGCUGCUGAAUGUGCCAAGGGUGGAAAUUGGAGCUAAGCCUGUGGGAGCUGAGGGCAGUCAGCACAGAGACACGGUGUCCAUGAUAAAAGCCAGCCCAGCUCCUCGCUCUCUCAUCCACUUCUCUUGCCUCCUUCUCCUUGGCAGUCAGGUGAGCAUCCAAGACAUGUCCUGCUACAACCAGUGCCAGCCCUGCCAGCCCUGUGGCCCAACCCCGCUGGCCAACAGCUGCAAUGAGCCCUGUGUCAGGCAGUGCCAGAACUCCACCGUCGUCAUCCAGCCCUCCCCCGUGGUGGUGACCCUGCCCGGCCCCAUCCUCAGCUCCUUCCCACAGAACACCGUUGUGGGCUCCUCCACCUCCGCUGCUGUUGGCAGCAUCCUCAGCUGUGAGGGAGUGCCCAUCACCUCUGGGAGCUUUGACCUCUCCUGCAUUUCUAGCCGCUACUGUGGCAGCAGAUGCUGCCCUUGCUAA